GAAUAAUUAAUAUGUAUACUUAUUUGUUACAUUUGUUACCUCGAUAUUCGUAGUAUUUUCGUAACAUAAUAUUUAUGUGGAACAUUUUUAAGAAUACAUUUGUGAUUAUGCUGCCAUAUAAUUUUGCAAGCUUUGUGUGACCAAUAAUAAUAACAUUAUUGAUAAACUACUGAUAUUAUUAUUACUUCGCAACGAUAUCGAUUGUUAAAGAGCUAUUUAAAAUCGUGUAAAACAUGAGCGCUGAGGAGAGGCUUGUCACUGAGGUUCCUAGUAGCUUGAAACAGCUCGCACGUCUUGUUGUACGUGGAUUUUAUUCCAUAGAGGAUGCGCUAAUUGUGGACAUGUUAGUUAGAAAUCCAUGUAUGAAGGAGGAUGAUAUUUGUGAAUUGCUGAAAUUCGAACGCAAGAUGUUGAGAGCCAGGAUAUCCACAUUACGCAAUGACAAGUUCAUUCAAGUGAGAUUAAAAAUGGAGACGGGAUCUGACGGCAAAGCUCAAAAAGUCAACUAUUAUUUUAUCAAUUACAAAACCUUUGUAAAUGUUGUGAAGUAUAAGCUGGAUUUAAUGAGGAAGCGAAUGGAGACUGAAGAGAGGGAUGCGACCAGCAGGGCUAGCUUCAAAUGUACAAAUUGUUUAAAAACAUUUACCGAUCUUGAGGCGGACCAACUGUUCGACAUGACAACCGGUGAGUUUAGAUGUACGUAUUGUCGUGAAGUGGUGGAGGAGGAUCAGUCUGCUCUACCGAAGAAAGAUUCUAGAUUAUUAUUAGCAAAGUUUAACGAACAAUUGGAGCCGCUCUAUAUACUGUUAAGGGAAGUGGAAGGGAUAAAAUUAGCGCCCGAGAUAUUGGAACCAGAACCUGUUGAUAUCAACACCAUUCGGGGUAUCGACACGAGAAAACCGAUCAUUCCUCGUGCACCUGGCGAACACUGGUCAGGCGAAGCUACCAGAACGACAGGCUUUAUGGUGGAAGAUACUAGAGUAGACGUUACUAUUGGAGACGAGUCUCCUGAUGAUAACGCAGCGAAUCACAGGAAGGAAAGGCCUAUAUGGAUGAUGGAGAGCACAGUUAUCAAUGCCGAUGGUUCUCAGUCUGACGGUAUAAAUACGCAGGAGAGCAUCCUGGACAAAGCUGCGGCCACUGCCACAAAUGCGACCACAACGAACAACAAGCAGGGUGACGAUAUCAUGUCGGUAUUGUUGGCUCACGAGAAGAAGAGUGGCGGUAACUCGGCGGCGGCCAUUAAAGCUACACUCCCUCAGGAUUCCAGCGAUAGCAGUGAUAACGAGGAGAUAUCAGAGAUGCAGACCGUCGAUGCAGGCGAGGUGGAGAUGAUGGAUUCGGACGAGGACGAGCUCGCGCCGACUGUCAGUGUCGCCGGCAAGACCGUCGCCAUCACCGACGUGAACGAUACUCUGAUCGCGCAGAUGACACCCAUGGAGAAGGAGGCUUACAUCCAGGUGUAUCAGGAAUUUUACUCGCAUAUAUACGAUUAA